ACUCGGUGCCCGCUGUCGUGCCAGAUGAUUCAGUGCCUGCUGUCGUGCCAGAGGAUUCGGUGCCUGCUGUCGUGCCAAAUGACUCGGUGCAUGCUGUCGUGCCAGAUGACUCGGUGCCCACUGUCGUGCCAGAUGACUCGGAGCCCGCUGUCAUGCCAGAUGACUCGGUGCCCGCUGUCGUGCCAGAUGACUCGGUGCCCACUGUUCUGCCAGAUGACUCGGUGCCCGCUGUCGAGCUUGGUGACUCGGUGCCCGCUGCCUCGCCUGAUGGCCCGGUGCCCGCUGCCUCGCCUGAUGGCCUGGUGCCCGCUGCCCAGCCUGAUGUGCCUGCUGCCCAGCCUGAAGACCCGGUGCCUGCUGCCCAGCCUGAUGGCCUGGUGCCCGCUGCCCAGCCUGAUGUGCCCACUGCUCAGCCUGAUGUGCCAGCCCCUGAUGUCCAGC